GGUCGUCGCUCCACUCUAAUCGUUUUCGCAGGUGUCCAUUGGAAUUUACGCGUCGACCGCUACGUCGGCGAAGAAGUUUCAGCAGAAUGACGUCCAAGUGUCCUCGUUGCGAAAAGCCUGUGUUUUUCGCGGAGAAGGUGAGCUCGUUGGGGAAAAACUGGCACCGGUUCUGUCUGAAAUGCGAACGCUGUAAUAAGACCCUGUCUCCUGGUGGCCAUGCAGAGCAUGAUGGAUUGCCAUACUGUCACAAGCCUUGCUACGGCACCCUCUUUGGACCAAAAGGAGUGAAUAUCGGAGGGGUGGGGUCUUACAUUUAUGACACGCCUCCUGCCACGCCUGUCAACAAGUCAUCAGAUAGCCCUUCAAACGGCUCGCCCACCACACCCUGGACCACAGCGCAGACCAACCGCCACCAGCCAAAAGUGACUCCAGCACAGACCAGGACGUUUGCUGGAGAGACAUCCCUGUGCCCCGGCUGUGGUAAAGUGGUAUACUUCGCUGAGAAGGUGAUGUCCCUGGGCCGCAACUGGCAUCGGCCCUGCCUGCGCUGUGAUAGGUGUAAGAAAACACUGACCUCUGGUGGUCAUGCCGAGCAUGAAGGCAGGCCAUACUGCCAUGUUCCCUGCUAUGGCUACCUGUAUGGGCCAAAAGGCGUCAACAUAGGAAAGGUGGGCUGCUAUGUCUAUGACCAGGACAGAGAGAUUUCCAAUGAAUCAUAACUCAGCCAAAUGUUACAUACACAUUCUCGCUCACACACACACACACACACACCUUAGCUCUUAAGUCUCCACAACAGCAGUGUUGAUGA